AUGUCUUCCUGGUCGGUUGAAGCUAUCAUAGCGCUCGUAGCCCUAAUAGCCACCUGCAUACCCCUUUUGGCGCUCUUGUUACGCAAGUUUGUGCAGCGCCGUCAAGUUCUGCGCCCAGAAGCUGGUGUUGAACUCGGGGAUGUGGGACACAAUGGCGGCCAUGUCGUUGCCCCUAAAGAACUUGGCAUAAGUAAAAACCGUUUCCGGUAA